AUGUCGACCCCGUCGUAUCGUGAUGAGCCCUCACAUGGAAAGGCCCGCUCAGCAGUCGCAGCUGCAUGCGAGGCCUGCCGGAAGCUCAAGAUGAAAUGCACGCGAACUGGACCCCAAGGACACGAGAAUUCCCCAUCCGAACCAUGCGAUCGGUGUAAACGGACUAAUCGCCCGUGCAAAAUCCCCGAGUCACGGCCACUGGGCAGGCGGCGAGGGGCUCUGGGGCGGUAUCGCGGGCUCGAGAAGGCGUACCGGAAGCUGCAGGCGGAGGCGAAAAAGGCAAACAUUUCACACGGGCUUGAAGGAGUGUAUGAUUCUGUGUCGCUACCGGCAGACGAGAGCCUUGCUUUUGACUCUUUCUUGGCGAAUGAGUCUGAUACUCCGAGGUUCUCCCCGACUGGCGAAGCCCGGCCUGAAGUGAGACCUCCCGGGGCCGUAAUUCAAGCGGAUCACUGGGAAGACGCGGAGGUUCAAGUAGAGCCCGUCCAGGAACCGAUGAGUAACCCAUUGGCGCUUCUGGCCUUUGCGUCCGAUGCGGCUCAGGCAACGGAAACGAGUCCAGCGUCAGUGAAUGCCUUGUCUAGCCCAGCAUCUAGAAGGCAAUCGGAUCGCCAAAGGGGAGAAUCCGAGGGACACCGUCUUCUGCACCGACCUGGAUACGUUUCGCUGGGUUUGCAGUUAGACCGAGCGAGUCUCGUCCAAGGCCUGGAUACAUUGCUAAAUACUGCGGAUGCUGGACACCAGGCCCUGGAUUACUUUAAACGGACAGGUGUUCGUCAGCGCGACAUCGGUCCAGACCUAGAUCCAGUCGAACUGGGGCUUGUUACGAUGGACGACGCUCAUCACUUAUUCCCGAUAUAUUUUGCGCGAUUACACCCUAUCAACGGGAUACUGGACCCAGUGCUGCAUACGCCGGAAUCCGUCCGUUGUCUUUCUUCGCUUCUGUUUACCUGGAUCCUCGCGCUAACCGCCCAAUUUGAUCCUGCCUCAGCAUCCAUUGCAGAGCGUCUACGGCGGCACGGGGAUAAACUGUCCAGAUACGUACAUACGUGCGGAUACAAGUCGGUCGAGAUUGUCCAGGGAUAUUAUAUUUCACUCCUAUCCGCUACGCCGGCGAAAACCCUGACCGAGGAACGAUCAUGGCUGUACACAAUGUAUGCAAUAGGCGUCGCAACGGAUCUGGGAAUGGACCAAGAAGGACCAACUGCUUGUUCUAGAUCGUCUCAAUCGCAGCGGGAUCGGAACCUCCCGUCUCCAUGCUCUCAGGCUGAUCAGGUAGCCCGGCAAUCUCUAGACGGAGAGUGGACAGACAGAAGUGUCUACGAAGAGCGAAUGGUUCGCAACCGCGAACGAACCUGGCUGAGAAUUCUCCUGUGGGAGAGGGCAAAUAGUGCCGCACGAGGUCGACUGCAGAGCUUUCCAGAGACCAGCUUGACUCGGUCUAUCGAUGCCUGGUGGCUGCACCCACUGGCGGACAUGACGGACAAAUAUACAAGCGCAUUUAUUAUCCUACGCAAGGUGCUGGCGUCGCUACAGACGGAGCUAAAACAUCAAGCACAAUUUUCACAGUCCGAUGCCCAUUGGGUCCGAGACCUGGUUGAUACUUCAUUGUACGACUGGUGCAAUACGUGGCUUUCCAAGCCGGCGGACAUCGCCUCCGCUUCACCCCCUGAACAAGUCUCCAUGACGUUUCUACACUAUGUAUACGAGCACGGACGUCUCUGGACCCUGUCACUAGCAUUAAGCGACUCGAUCUCCCGCGCGGAAAACCUGGACGCCAUCCGACAAGACUGCUUCGAAAGCGCCGUCAACUGCUGUGAGACGGCCGUGCGAGACUUAACGACUGUAGGAGAGCCGCUGUACUGCAUGCUGGCUCCGACAUGGGCGAUGAUAUCCUACGCUGCCGUUCUGACUCUCAAAAUAUUUCCUGCCCUAUAUGGACCCCGAGCAGGAAGUGAUGUCGAACUGCUGGCUCUGUUAAGUCAGGUCGCCCUGCAGCUGCAGCGCGCCGGCACAACGCCUCCGCAUCGAUUCGGUAUUGCGGCGCUCUUGGGCCAACAUCUUAUGAUGAUCCUCCGCGCCAGAGCCCUUGGUCUCGGAGGAGAGCUACCGCCACACACCCAGGAUUAUGCCGCCCGCCGCCGACCGUCUGAAUGGCAGCCUGGGCCCGAGAUGAGCCAGGGAAAUCCGCUGGUCUCAAACUGGGACCCAUUUUUGACGCCGGCAAUAUCCGACCAGACUGGUGUCGCUGGUGACGGGUUUGCGGACUUUUUCCGCGAGAUAUUUGGGCCCGGGUUUGGGGAUUUGCUGUAA